CUUACAGUAAUGUGAACGAAAUAGUCCAGAGUCGAUGACAGAUACUUGGGAAGGUUUCGGCGGCGCUUGAGAGACAGUUGCUGUGCAGACUGUAUGAACGAAGCAAAAACAGGCUGAUUGAAGUAAGCUGUGUAGCCCACACCUAGUAACUUUAAAUGCAACGCAUAUUGAUUUAACACGCAGUGGAUACCGCUCUGUUUGCUUUGCUGUUCGCUGUUAAAUUGGCAGAAGAAUGUCUCUGGUAGAGGAAUACGACGAAGGGGAGUAUGAGCGAGCUGCCAAGCGACUCAAGACUGUAGAGGCAGAGGUGGAGGAGGGAGAGGAAUUGGAAGAGGGAGAGGACUCGGAUUCAGCAUCUCCUGGCUUGCUGCUUGGUGACGAUGAUGAUACACCCGUGGUAGGUGGAGCAGAAAAAAGGGCCCAGUGGUCUUCAUCACAAUAUGGAUCAAGAAGGGACAAUGGGGACGAUGCCCACCGGAUUCCCCCCUCCCCGGUGGUCCAUGUGCGGGGGCUGUGUGAGUCUGUGGUGGAGGCAGACCUGGUUGAAGCCCUGGAGAAGUUCGGGACGAUAUGUUAUGUGAUGAUGAUGCCUUUUAAGAGACAGGCUCUGGUGGAGUUUGAGGGUGUUGAAAGUGCUGACAAGUGUGUGGCGUGUGGUGCCAGUGAGGCUGUCUACAUAGCUGGGCAGCAAGCCUUCUUUAAUUAUUCUACCAGUAAAAGGAUCACCCGGCCGACACACUCAGACAACCCCAACAGCGGCAAUAAUGUCUUGCUGUUGUCCGUUCAGAAUCCUCUUUACCCCAUAACAACGGAUGUUUUAUACACUGUCUGCAACCCGACUGGAAACGUCCUCCGUAUUGUAAUAUUCAAGAGGAAUGGCAUACAAGCCAUGGUGGAAUUCGAAUCUGUUCAAAGUGCUCAAAAAGCCAAAGCUGCUCUCAACGGAGCUGAUAUCUACGUUGGGUGCUGCACCCUGAAAAUUGAAUACGCAAGGCCAACCCGUCUUAACGUGAUAAGAAACGACAGUGAUAGUUGGGACUACACUAAACCAUAUCUGGUUAGAAGAGAUAGGGGGAAGGGAAGGCAGCGGCAAGCCAUCCUAGGAGAGCACCCAUCUUCCUAUGGUGACAAUGGGUAUGGUUCUCACUGCCCCCUGCUGCCCUUGUCGAGUAACAAUCGGUAUAAAAUGGGAUCUCAUGAUAUCCCGGAGGUGGUUACUUACCCACUCCCCCAAACCUCCUCCUACAUGGGCCACGGGGCUUCCUCCUCCAGCUCUGUUGCCAUGGUGAGCGGGCUGCAUGCCAAGAGAAUGAACUGCACCAGAAUCUUCAACCUCAUUUGUUUGUAUGGGAACAUUGAAAAGAUCAAGUUUAUGAAAAGCGUGCCAGGUACAGCACUGGUGGAAAUGGGUGAUGAAUAUGCCGUGGACAGAGCCAUCACGCACCUCAACAGCAUCAAGGUGUUUGGAAAGAGACUCAAUGUCUGUGUGUCGAAGCAGCAUGCAGUUAUACCAAGCCAGGUGUUUGAACUGGAGGACGGCACAAGCAGUUACAAGGACUUUGCCAUGACCAGGAACAAUCGAUUUACCAGCGCCGGCCAAGCUUCCAAGAACAUCAUCCAGCCCCCCUCCUGCGUCCUGCACUUCUACAACGUACCCCCGUGUGUCACAGAGGAGGAGCUGCAGCAGUUAUGUGCAACACAUGAUGUACCUGGGUUUAUAAAGUACAAGGUGUUUGACGCAAAACCUUCUUCCAAAACGAUAUCAGGGUUGUUAGAAUUUGAAACCAAGACGCAUGCUGUGGAGGUCCUCACGGUACUGAAUCAUUACCAGAUCAGGAUCCCAAAUGGCUCCAAUCCAUACACGUUGAAACUCUGUUUCUCAACAUCUUCUCAUCUAUAAGACAAGGCGCCCACAGCAGGAGAUUCUUGUGGAACUAUUGCUGGAAAGCCACUGGCCACCCUGGCCGUUGAAUGGGAAGAGAUGAGAUAAAGUUUCCUUCAUUCACAUUGAAAGUAUAUCUUAACCAGAAAGGAGGAUGAUAAAGAAAAUCCAUAAGAAGUUCAAAACACUGAAUAUCAUAUUCUCUUUAAAAAUAAAUAAAUAAAUAAAUAAACUCUUGUUGGUAUAAAAUGGGACACACAUGACAUUAGGAAUGUGGAGAGAGAACGGCCACCAGUUUUGUUGAAGUGACCAUGCAGGUUAAGUCUGGUGAGCCAUUUCUGUUGCUGUUGUGUGGUUCAGCUAUUAUCAUUUCCUAGAUGACCACAUAGAAAUGAUUCUCGGAUGUCAGUUUGAAUCAGUGUCACUGAAUUAUAGUCAGCACUGUACUAUAACAUUUUAAAAUCUUAAUUUAUCAAAAUGGUUGCCUAAAUCCCAGACUCAAGCUUUUACUUAAAAUAACACCUUUGUAAGUGUUAACAAUUAGGCUGCUUUGUAAUAUACAGAUGUGUAUAAUGUUGGGGGGGUUAUCAAUCUAAUUUAAAGUUUGGUGUCUAAAAAAAGAAGGAGAACUAGUUUUGAUCUGACUUAGACACUAUAUUUGUACAAUGUUUUGUUUACACAUACAAGUUCACGGUUGAUGUAGUUCUCAGCGUUUUGACAGCACUGUGUCAAUGUUGCCAUGUAUGGAGUUUUCACUGUGAGCAUGCUGAUCAUUAAAAACAUUUGCCAGGCAAUUUAGGUUUCUUUAUUUUUUUUAUUUAUCUGAGUCCCAAAUUUGUGGCUUUCUAAUGUCACUCAUCACACAGAAGUUGUGCUUCAGAAACAUCAAGUAGUUUGAGAGAUCAAAUGAACUGUGCUUUUGCAUGAUCAAAUGAUGCAGUGGCCCCGAAAAUCAGAGCGUUUCCGAGGGUCGGAGAGGGCUUUUUUGGUGGAAUUGUAGCUUUCCGACUGUUUUUAGUGAUCCGUCCCAAAAUCAGAAAUGGCCAGAAAGCAUCAGAAUAGUUCAGGGAAUGUUAUGCAAAUGAAGCGGGUACCUAAUUAGCAUACCCCCAUGCAAAAAUCAAAAGGGUUGAUGAGUCUUUUCCGUCUAAAAGAGUUCCGCCCGUUUCAAAUUGUCCUAAACAGGUUCAAUGCUGUAAGCUUACAAUUUCAGGAAUGUGGAGAGGUGUCGGCGUCCAUUGCAUUUAUGUCAAUUUUGAUACAGCCUAUGUGAAAUUGUCAAUAACACCCUAUCGACUUGUUAACUGGAGAAAAAUAAUACAAUUCACAAUGUAUGUUUAAUGCUUGAUUGUAUUUAAAAAAAAAAUGUUUUAAAGAACCUAGGAAUGUAACAUGAAAUUUCAUAAUACAGUAAGUAAGAGAAACAUACCGUCACUGUUCUGAUAAAGAACAAACAACAAAGAGUAGUUGUAUUGUAUAGCUUACUGUAUUUCAUUGUAUUAAUAAAUGUUUAUACGCAACACACAGUUAAGAACAGAUUGUAAGAUAUUCAGAUAAAGUAGCACAUUCAGUACAAAAGACGUUAUGUUAUGGAGCAAAAGAAAUAAAUAAAUUCAUUAAUUAAUUUGCUAUAGCCUAAUAUCACAAUCUAAGGUUAGCAUGGUUAAUAUUAGUAUUGUUUUUUAUGUCCUCAUUGUAAUGUGUCUGUUUCAUGUUACUGAUUAUCAGUCCUAGAAAAGUAAAAUAAAGCAAGCUUACUUAGUUAUAGAUGAACUAUAACAAAACUAGCAUUGAUCACAGCUACUGAAGCAAUUUGCUGUAGACUUUUAGCUACUGGGAGUAUUGUGAAAAAAAAUACAAUAAAAAUAAGUGGUAUUUCACAU